AUGCGAGCGGUGUUGUCAUGCCCCUGGUCUCGCCAUCGUCGGAUUCUGUCUAGACGUUUAGACUGUGCUCGACCUCGUAAGGGUGCCGCGGCCAUGAACAUGUCUAACAGUGAGCCCAUAGAGCCAGCUCCACCAGAUACGUUAGACGAUGAUGGUCUUGAGGGCUCGGACUAUGCAGAGUCGCUUGCAUCCUCAGGCUUCACCUCGCUUGCUUCCCGUGUUAUGAGACAUUCUCAUGAAGGCGGAAGACGGUAUCAAUCCUUCCUAGAGACCAUAUACCCGUUGCCAAACGACGAGCCGGAACAGUUCCGCGAAGAAAUGAAGCACCAGAUGGUGAAGCGUCUUCUCGAUGACAACGAUUACCUAUCGCCCAUUGGCAGAAAUCCGCAGAAGAUCUUGGACGUCGGUACCGGCACUGGCCUCUGGGCCGUCGACGGUGAGUGCUGUCGAACCUUGCACUUGAAGCCUCGACCACCUGACUCUUAUCAAGUUGCGGACAAGUUCCCCAGCGCACACGUAAUCGGGGUAGACAUCUCGCCGAUACAGAACUGUUACGCACCGCAAAACGUCGACUGGAGAAUUGACGACAUCCAAGAAACUUGGUCACCGUUGUACUCCGGCCUCGAUUUCGUUCACUUUAGGUCGGUCAGUGUGACUCUGCGAGAGCCAGUCAAGGUCAUACACUCGGCGUACGAAAACCUCAAAUCAGGCGGUUGGGUUGAGUUUCAAGAUGCCGGCGUCAGGAUCGGGUGCGACGACAACACGCUCCCCGAAGACUACGCACCCGUCAAGUUCAUGGACACCUUUAUACGCACGUUUAAGACGCAUUUCGGCUGGAACCUGGAAUUUCCCAACGUGCUGCCCGAGGUUCUAAAAGACGCUGGGUUCGUCAACAUACACUAUCGACAUCACAAACUACCUAUCGGGCCGUGGGCCAAGGACCGACACCAGCGCGAAAUCGGUCUUUUCCUCAGUAAGGACGUGUUGUGGCAGCUCAUCCGCGCUGUGCUUGUCAAAUGGCCACAGAUGGGCCUGACGAAGCAGGAAGCCGAGAUCAUGGAACAGGACAUUCGGAAGGCGUUCGAAAACACCUCAUACCAUGCAUAUCUUCCGUGGAUCUCUAUCUGGGCUCAAAAGCCCCCCAACUGA